AUGAACAUCGAGGAAGACCUCACCAUCGUGUCCUCGUGGGCACAAAAGGCUUACCAGUGCUUUGCGAGGGAACUGGAGGAGUUGCAGGAGCUGCAUCAGCGGCAUGAGCAGCUCGAGGCGCAGUCGCAGCAGGAGCUGGAGGCGCGCUGCAAGGAGGAGGUGGACGCGCAGCUGCUCAAGGAGCACCCGGACGUUUUCCCGCACCUCGCCUCGGCUGUCUCACUGUCGCGGUCUGCCAAUGCGAAGUUGUUGCCGAUACCGCCGCCGUCUUCGCCGCCGUCUGCGCGGCCCAACACGAAGCGGCCCAGGUCGAAGCACGCACAUCAGCAGAGGCAGUCUGAAGUGGCUCUCUUUAAUGCCAAGCGUGAGGCGCUUCUUCAGCAAAACAUUCAGGCUGCCAUGGCAGCCCAGCAGCGACGACCAGCGCGCCAGCUCGCUGUGCAGUACGCCGAUCAUCUGAGCAGCACGCAGAGGCAAGUGGAGCUGUACUUGGAAAGAGAAGCGCACGAGCUGCGCCGCUUCACCAGCAAGCCGGCCGGCGCGUACGCUUUGCGUGAAGUGCUCGAAGUCCCCACGCUCGCCGCAGCUCCCGCUGUACCCGCUCCAGUAGCGGUGGCGCCACGCGGUGGGUCUGUACCCCACCCAGCCCCGUAUUCCACGCCGAAGCGCCGCAAAGCGUCGUCCGCGCUCAGUGAAGGGACAACCACGACUACGCUACGCGACGCAUCGGAGCGGAGCGGCGCCGUUCUGAGCAGCCUUGGCCUGACCCGGCAGAAGGCGAGAAGGGAUGGCCGUUUGGGGCGCCCCGAUAGCGCCACGGCGGCCCGCGCGCGCAUCGCAGACAAAAGUGGCGCUGCCGUGUCGGCGAAAGCCCGUCGAAGCCGCCAAGAGGCGGAGGACGCAUCGGCGCUCGCGGUACCGCCGCCGUUCUUGAUCGACGCUCACCGGUUUGCCGUUGAAUACAACGAGAUGCUGAAGAAGGAGUACGGCUAUCGCCCCGCCAUGACGAACACGUUUGCCGCUGAUGUGCACAGAGAAAGUUGCGAUGCUGCAGACGUAGUGGCGGCGCUGAACGAUCAGCUGCGCACACACGCGCCAGGGAUGACGAGCAAGAGGCCAGCCGCUACCGCUAGCAGCAGUUUGCUGCCGCCUCUGCUUGAAACGGAAGCGCGCGGCGCCGGCGCCGGCACAGAGCCGCGGCUGCUACCUCCUCACACAAGCGAUGCAGAGAGUAGUGGCAGCAGGGAGUCAAAGCAUCGGCCAGCGCACUCCUCUCGGAAGCAGAAGCAGCCACAGACGCAGCCGGGCACGAGGAAACGGGUCACCACCGGUGGCAGCAGUAGCAACCCUCGACAGAAGGGACGGGCUCUGCCGGCGUUGUCUUCUGUGCGAGACGGCGCCUCCGCCUUGUCGACUGCAAGCCCUCUCGAUGGCGUCCAGUGCACCAUCGCUGGCGGCUGUCUCUCUCUCUCCUCCUGCGUAGGAGUGCCGAGCCGGCAGGUCGUCCAGUUUGUGAAUAACAAUGCCUACCGAACCCGGCUGCGUCUGAAGCCGGCUUCGCACCCGUGGCUCACGUACCGCUCCGUUUGCAUUGCACCCUCCGCUGCUGCUGCGGCGACGGUGGCGCCAGAGUCGCCGCUGAACUGCGGCGGCUACGUAGAGGUGGAGGUUGUCUUCUGCCCCACAUCCUUCGAGGCGUCCACGGCGACGGUGGAUACGGUGCUGGAGAUGGGCGUGACGCGAGAGUUGAACGAUCGGACCGGAGAGGGCGCGCAAUGGCGGUUCAUCUCCGUGCCGUUGCAGGCGCGGGUGGUGCUGCCGCACUUUGACUGGUGGCGUAGCCCCACUGCGGCCGUCACGAGGUCCACAGAAGGCACGGAGAUGUUGGUGCCCGGCCCGGCACCGGUGGUUCGGGCGGAGGAAGAGACCAGCAACGGCGCCAAUGCGAUGGAUGCAAGAGAGUCUGCCGCUGCAGAGGCGCAACCGCUCAUCACUCAUGACGCACUUGCCUCUCGCGCAGUGCGCCUGGACGUGAGCGGUUCCUCCGCAGCAGUCGUGGCCUUUGGCGAGGUGCUUCUCCUCGCCGAAGUGAAGCAGACGCUUUACCUCGAGAACACAGGCUCCACGGCAGUGGUGCACGUCCUGAGCUCGUCACCGGAGUUUACCGUGUCGGUGCCGGCGGUGGUGUCCACGACGCUGCCUCCCAGCCACGCUAUGCCACUCCACGUGUCGUUCUGUCCAUUGUCGGAGGGCCCGUGUGAGGCGAGUUUGACUGUGGCAGUGCGGGCCAGCGAUGCCGCAGACAGCCCCGUCCUUGCAGAGCAUACACUGGCGCUCUUCGGCGUCGGUGUUGCGCCGCGUGUUAGGAUUACCUCGCUUGGGCCGCAGCUGGUUCAGGAAUGUGCUGUGCCGCAGUGGCAGCAGUGCAAGAGCGAGGUGCCACUCCACAUCCUUCUGAGGGGCACGAUACCAGGUGUGCCGACGGAGGUGCCGGUGACGGUGAGCAACGACUGCGCCGUCCCGCUGCCUUAUUACUGGCGCGGCUGCGAGCCGCCGUUCACGGAGGAGAGCGGCAGUGAUGCAGAGAAGGAUCAGAGAGGUACCGACGAGAGAGACCAGGCGUGUGCCCCGAGGCUGCAGCUUACCACCACCACUUCCACCGAAGAUACUGCCAUGGAUGUGGGCGCCAGCAGGACUUCUCACAUCACACCAUCCUUUGGAGUACUGCCGCCGAUGAGCACGACCACGUUCAUCCUCACCGUGAUGCCGCGCACACUGCAGCCGCUGCAGACGCUCUACAACCUCUUCCUGGACAAGAUGCCCGACCCCACCGCGCCGCGGAAUGCGGCGAGGCUACCGUUUGUGGACGCGGAGGUGCUGGAGCUGUACCGCCGCAAUCGGCCCAUUCCUUGCGGCUUGCAUGGUUCGGCGCAAGACAGUGGCAGUCCUCUCGCCGACGACGCCGUCCGUGCGGCGGCGCUUCCCAAUGGACUUCAGAUGACUUACCUGGACCCUAUCGCCGUCUUCGCACAGUUUCAAACCGCGCAAGACGAGCACGAUGGCCACGCCAGCGCUGACGCCGUCUUUGCCACCGGCUUCUUGACCUAUCAGCAGCCGGUGCUGCCCACCCUCUCUAUCGACCCGGCGGUGCUCGAGGAGCGCGUCGAGUGCCUCAUCCAGUCCCGAACAAGGCGCACCGUGUCGCUGCACAACAGUUCCCCCAUCGAGAUGCACUUUGUGCUGGACCCAACCGCUGCCGAGUUCGCCGCUUCUCUCCAGGAGCAUGAGCACCUAGCUCAGCACACGAGCACCAACUUCACGUAUGAGCGCUGGCGCGCCUCCUUCGCAGCCAGUGAUGGCAUCUCUGUGCAGUGCCAGCCUCGCAAGGGCCUAAUUCCACCGCACAGCACGGUAACCAUCACUGUUCACUUCACGCUGGAGGCGAUCGGGCCGCACUACGCCGUUGUGCCGUGCUGGGUACCAGAGGUGGAGCUGUUGUGCGCGCGUUUGGCCGCAGUGAGCACCGCUUGCACGGGCAGGCUCUCAAAGUGUAUGUCACUCUCCUUGCUGGGAAACCCACGAGGGGCCGCCAGCGCCGGUGCGGCGAGCCAACGCACACUCUUAACCUCGCUACCACAAGAGAGGACGACGCUGAGGGUCGGCAAGCGUCCACUCACGGCCAACAGCGCCAGCGGAGGCGCGGGGAAGCUGUCGAAGCCCGCGUCAACACCCGGCACCGGAGGAGGGCCGCUGCCCGUGACGGUGACAGCCGUGGAGGACGUGCACCAGCAGCAACACGCUGAGGACUGGGGCUACUACGCUCUGCAUGUCAUGGCCACCGGCGUUGGUCCGACUGUCAUGACCAGCGCUGAGCUGCUGGACUUUGGGCUGAUCGAGCUCGGUCAGGAAGCGGCGGCCUCCUUCACCGUGUCGAACCCGAACUCCAUCCCUGUCGUAUUCGACCUCUGCGACCCGCUCAUGCGCCACCCGCCGCGCUUUGUGUUCAUUCCCGAAUCGUGCCGCCUCGGCGCCGGCAACACGGUCGAGGUCACAGUGUACCGCAAGGUCGUCUCCACCGAGGACGCGCAGACGUUUUUCGAGCUCACCGUGCGUGACGGCGGCGCGUCGGUCGCGAUCGAGACGCGGGCAACGAUUCAGCAGCCGCUGCUCGUCAUUGAAGAUCCCGUCGUGCAGUUCGGCGUCGUGCCCGAGGGCGUGUGGCAGUCCGGUGCCUUCCACGUGUCGAACCGGUCUGCGCUCGACACCGUCUUCACUGUCAUACCGGCAACCCUGGCGCCAUCGUACAUGGAGCUCGACUACAAGGCCGAGCACGUCCUACGCGCCGGGGAGCAGCUGACGGUGCCGGUGCGCUGCCGCUUCGAAGUCUGUCCUCUUGCACUUGUGAACCGAGGCGACCAGCGUGACACAUCAGCGUCGCUCGUGAGUUCGCAGGGGCAUACCGCUACUGAGGCGAGGACCAAGGACUGCUACUCGACCCUGCUCGGCGUUGUGUCGAAGCGCAGCCGGCAGGCGCUGUUCGUGGAGGUGCGGUGUGACACCGUCCAGCCGCUGGCUGUCUCCGUAGACGUAGCACCGGAAGCGUCGCCGAACGACCGUGAAGUAGCUUCUUCGCCGGUGCGCAUGUCCACAGAGGCAUACGUGCGAGCACUCCUCUGGAACGCGCUCGAGGCUGCCUUGUGCGCGCGUGCCACUGCCGCACUGGAUGGCUCAGUGAUGCGCGAUGCGCAGGCGACCACUCUCGUGGCACGCCCUUACUGUGCAGGGCUGAGUUUGGUCGACUACAUACCCGAUGACGUCCCUAUCUCCCGCCGCUCCCUGACGGUGAUUCUGGAGAACUACACUGGCUGCGAGGCGAACUACGACGUGCGUGCGAAACACUUUGAGCCACUGCCGAUGGAGGUGCCGGGUGCGCAGGGCAUUCUGGACAAGCGGCGCAAGAGGGCGGAGAAGGGGGCCAGUCGCAGUGUCAGCAGCAGCACGCAAGCGAGCCGCGCCGGUGCGUCAGGCAGCAGCCGCAAGGCCACCCAAAUGCAAUUACAGAAGCAGCAGGAGCAGCCACUAUCGCCAUUCUCAGCACUGGCAUCAAGGAAAGUAGCAGGGAGCAACAGCAACGGCAGCAAGGGUGGCGCCACGCUCCCGGCCUUCUGGAUCACGAGCGUACAGAGUGGCGUAGCGGUGCAGCAGCAGCAGCAGCAGCGGCAGAUUGUGGAGACCGCGCAGAAGGUUCUCGGUGACGGUCGCGGCUGCGCGACCUUGCUCGGUUCCUUGACAGGCAGUCUGGGCCCGUACAGCCAGGUGCGGCUGCCUGUCCGCCUGCUGUGCAGCUUGCCCGGUCGCUACGCGGAGCAGCUGUGCGUGCGCGCUGACGCGACUCUGCCAUGGCUUCAGAUCCCUGUCGAUUACGGGGUGUACGGCAAGCCCAUUCUGCUCGAUACAACAACGUCGGGGCUCGUAAAGGAAGGUGGGCGAGACGGCAAGGAGGUGCUGCUGAUGCCGCCCGUGAUUGCUCCGCUUGGAACGUCACGGCGGUCAAUUCGGCUCAUCAACCGCGUGUCACGCGACAUGGACGUGACGGUGGAGGUGUUCCCGUGCCCGCUUGGCCUGGCUGUGCACGCCGUCGACCCAAACGCGCCGGCGGAUCAGGUGGAGCUCAAGUUGUGCUCCAUGAACGCGGAGGAUCGAGAGAAGGAGUGGCACCGUGUCGGGAGGGUGACAGCGAUGCCGUUUCAGCUGCGCAUCCCCGCCCACUCGCGGCGCGAUGUGCUGCUGGAGUUCACGCCUGCGGCGAAGCUCACAGAAGGGUCGGACGCGGGCGACUACGACGAGGACCGCGGCGGCUCAUCGGGCCACGCUGCUUCGAAUAGCGGUAAGGGCCACGGCAGCGCAGGCACAAAGAGUCCUCUCACAGCCCGUGCCGCGGACGAUAGCGAAGACGAGGAGGACGGUGAGGAGGCAAUGCUGCCGCCGUCGGAGCACUGGUGGGAGGGCAGUGUCUGCGUCCGCGCUGUGCUGGCGCACAGCGAGCUGAACGACAUCUUCCUCAUCGACGACUUCUACGCUCGCUACGCGGACCGCUACCCGUCCCAGCGCGUGGCCCGCUCCAUCAGCGGAGCAACCUCAGCCGCCGAUCCGGCGGCUGCGGCGGGCAGCUCAGCCGGACCUAGCCUGUCGGUGGCGCAGCUGACUGUAAUGCGGCCGCUACGUACCCGCCCUGGCGGCCGAGUGGUGCGCAGCGGUCGUGUGGUAUGGCCCUUGGAGACAGCACCGCAACCCUCUAGCCGCGCCGCGGUGACUGGUGACGCACUUGUGGCCAAAGUUGCUGCCACCACCACUGCUGCUGCUGCAGCUGCCCAGCCGGCGGAUAGCGGCGCUGACAGCGACAGCGACAACUCCGAAGACGAUGCAAGCAGCGGUAGGCUGACUGUCUCCUCGCAGCGACGAGGCUCCGUUCUAUCACUGGAGGUGCUGCAGCGGGAGGCAGAGGAGCGGCAGGCGCUUCUGGCCUUCAUGGAAAGCCGCCGUUGCGCGCUGCAGGAAGAGAGCCGCCGGUACUUUACGUCGAUCGAGUUGCGGUUGCGUGCGCGGUGCGGCCGGCCACACCUAACCGUCGAGCCCUCACAGCGGCGUGUCCGUUUUCCAGCGGUGCAGCACAUGGAAGGGCGAGCAGCAGCAGCAGCAGCCCCGGCCGCGUCGCUCUGCAUGAAAACAAUAAGGUUAACGAACCGCAACAGCUCAUCGCUGCGCUUUUCCUUGUCGCUGCCCGCAGCCCCAACCAGCGGUGCCGCAAACGUGUUUUCCAUCGUGCGGUGUGCCCUGUGGCGCUCCGGCCAUGAUGUAUCGACGGAACUGUUCGCCUCUGCUUUGGCGACAGCUGUGGCUGGUGCGGAGGAGCACGAGUACACGCUACAUAGCAUGGAUGCGCUUGACGUGCAGGUUCAAGCACACACAGGAAGCUCUGCGUGGCGACAGGCGUGCGAAGCUGUGUGCAGUGCGCUACCACGACCCUCCCUCUCGGACAAGGCACCUGCGGUGGAGGGGCUGCUGAGGGUGCAGUUCCUUCCCACUUCCGAAUCCGCUGAAACCGCGUGCGCCUCCCCCGACGACCGCGUCCAGGCACCUUGCCAGCUUCUUUCUCUCUGCGUGCCUCUCACACGGCCGUCGCUGGAGUGCAGUCCUGGCGUUGUGUGGUUCCGCCCAGGCCAGCAGCGCCACGACGGCCGCCAACAGGUGGCGUAUAUGCAGAAGUUUACGCUGCUCAACCGGAGUGCCGUCCCGGUGGCCUACCAAAUCUGCCCCGUCACUGACACCGACGAGGAGACGCUGCGGACGUUCCGCCUUCAGCAGCGGCAGGGCACGAGCUACGGUGAGGCGGCUGUCUUCUCGCCUGCUGUCUCACAGUGUCUUUUGGUGGCCAAUACGACCACGACGCAGUUCGGCGUCUCGGCUACCCAGCGGCAGUGCGACUCGAUUACGCGUAAGGUGAAGGCUGCUGUGGAGAUGCCUGCAGUGGCGCCGCCCGCGGAGGGUCGCCCAGACCUCGUGUACGUGGAUGAACCGGCGCGGUUCUCGCUUAGUCCGCUAGAAGGCGUCGUCCCUGCCGCGUCGUUGGGCGGUGAGUCUGGCCGUCUUGAGGUGAGUGUCACCUUUGCCGAAUUCUCCGAUGUGCGGUACGAGUCACUGUUCAAGGUGAUUGUCCUCGGCGCUGGCGCUCAGCCACCGACCUACGUGGUGCUGCGUGGCGACAGCCGUGAUGCAGAGGUGUAG